UUCCACUCACACCAGGGACGGAGAGAGAAGGAAAAGAAGGAACAGAAGAAAGGAGCAGGCCAAGAGCGAAAAGCGAAGAGCGAAGGAAAGCUGUUGGGAACUGGGAUAGGGAGGAUUGUCAUCAUUCCUGACAUUCGUUUUCGCGACCAAAAAUCGCCCAACGUUCCACGCCAAGGUCGUUAUUCAUGUGGGUGGCUGGAUCAUCGGCUCUGGGCGUGUUUCGACCAGUCCAAUCCUAGUUGAUUUGCCAUUUAGUAAUUGGGGUGUGGACCGGGCCAAGAAGCAUGGCCAAAACCGAGGAGUGUGUGCAAGUCAUUGUGCGUUGUCGACCUCUGAACCAAAAAGAGACCGAGCAAUGCCACGAACAAUGCGUGCGUUUGCUCACCCAAGAAGGCGUGGUCGAGAUUCGCCACCCCAAAAUUGGACCCACGGACCCGCCCAAGACAUUCACCUUCGACGCGGUGUACGAUUGCAACUCCAAGCAAGCCGAUAUCUAUGAGGAGAGUUUCGCCAAUCUGGUGGAUUGUGUCUUGAAUGGCUUCAACGGCACGAUUUUCGCCUAUGGGCAAACGGGUACGGGCAAGACAUUCACCAUGGAAGGUAUUCGGGGUGAUGCGGAUCUUCGCGGCGUCAUUCCCCGUUCAUUCGAGCACAUUUUCACGCACAUUUCGGCAUCAUCCGACGAACAGUACUUGGUGAGGGCUUCGUACUUGGAGAUUUAUCAAGAAGAAAUUCGCGACUUACUCUCCAAGGACCAAUCACAGCGUCUGGAGCUCAAAGAGCGUCCAGAUACCGGGAUCUACGUCAAGGAUCUCUCCUCGUUUGUGUGCAAGGGUCAGUCUGAAAUCGAGCACGUCAUGAACGUGGGUAAUCAGAAUCGGAAAGUGGGGCCCACCAACAUGAAUGAGCACUCAUCCCGCUCUCACGCCAUUUUCAUCAUCACGGUCGAAUGUUCUAAGCCCAACGAGAAGACCGGCAAGCCCAACAUCAGAGCGGGCAAGUUGAACCUGGUCGAUUUGGCCGGAUCAGAACGCCAGGCUAAAACUGGGGCUACAGGCGAGCGACUCAAGGAGGCGACCAAAAUCAAUCUGUCCUUGUCCGCCUUGGGCAAUGUCAUCUCGGCCUUGGUCGAUGGCAAAAGUACGCAUGUACCCUAUCGGGAUUCGAAAUUGACCCGAUUGCUCCAAGACUCGUUGGGGGGCAAUGCCAAGACGGUGAUGGUCGCCAACAUUGGUCCGGCGGGCUACAACUAUGAGGAAAGUUUGACCACCUUGCGGUACUCCAAUCGUGCCAAGAACAUCAAGAACAAGCCCAGGGUCAAUGAAGAUCCCAAAGACGCCCUUUUGAGAGAGUUCCAGGACGAAAUCGCGCGUCUGAAAGCCAAGUUGGGCAACAAAUCUGAGCGUGAUGGCAGCGGUGGAAAGCGUCGCAAGCGGCAUAAAAGCAAGAAAUCCGAGCCCGAUGAUACCAUGGAAACAUCAAGUCUCAGCGGUGGCUCGUCCAUCUCUUCCCCGGAGCCUCCCGUACUCGGCGAGGAUUUAGACCUGCAACAAAAGUUGGUGGAUGAGCGGGAUCUGUUGGAGACCGACACGUCUCUCUUGACCACGGAGAAGGAACGAUUGAUGUGCGAGUUAAAGGCCAAGGAAGCGGCCUUGAGCAAGGAAAGGCAGGAACAAGAGCAGAUGAAGGCCAAGAUCCGGGCCAUGGAGUCGAAAUUGCUCACCGGAACGGGUGUGGGUGGAAACAUGGUGGAGCACACCAAUGAACAGAAAAAGAUCUUGGAGAAGAGGCGUGUCGAUAUCGCCGAGAGACGUCGAGCGGAAAGAGAAGCGGCUCAGCUCUUGGAGGAACGUGAGGAGCAAGGUAUGGAGCUCGAAAAAACCUAUACCUCGCUGCAGCAAGAAGUGGACAUGAAGACGAAGAAGUUGAAGAAACUCUUUGCCAAGCUUCAAUCCACCAAACAAGAUAUCUUGGAUGUGACUGACGAAUACAACCGUGAUCGACGAGACUUAGAGGACACUCAGAAGGAGCUCUUGAAGGAGCUGAAGUUGAAAUACCUCAUGAUCGAAAACUUCAUCCCUCCCACUGACAAAAGCAAGAUCCUAAGCCGUGCUCAAUACGAUGACGAUGAGGAUGGAUGGUUCCUAUCUACCCCGGGUCAAACUGCGGCUAAUACGAUUGCCAAAAGGCCAGUCUCUGCGGCUGGUUCUCGCCGUCCAAUGUCAGAAUAUGCGCGGUUAGCUAGUAGUAAUUUGAACUCGAUGAAUGGAAGCCGUUUCCGUGGCGAGAAUGUGAUGCGGCUUAGCCUUGAUCACUCGGGACGGACCACGCGCGACUAUGAGGGCCCUGCCGUGGCUCCACGCGUUCAAGCCGCAUUGGAUGCGGCCAUGCAGAAUAUUGAGCCCGACAUUGAUAUCGAUGUGAUGGCCUUGAGCAGUAAUAGUCAUGUGAAGGGCAUGCGUCAUGCCCUAAAGAAAGGCCACAAUAGCGCCGCCCAAAGUAGCCGCAGGUCAGAAAUCAAAGAAAAUCAACCCCUGUACCCGUCUUCUCGAGGUCUGGUGCCCAAAUGAGAUUGGUUGGCUCCAACUGGCCGUACCACUUUUUGUGCUUAUGCUUUGGACUUACUUUCGCUUUGUGCCGUUUUGAUUUUAGUGCUGCAAUGCCUUUUCAAUGCAAUCGUCUCUUAACGAGCUCUUUAACAUAUGUAUUUCAAAAUGAGAACAAGGACAAUCCUAUUAAUACUAAUGCAAUUAUUUGUAAAGCAAAUAGUUCCUCAAAAACCACCCCCUUCUC